GGGCGCGCCGUGGCCCCGUCGGGGCGGCGGGAGCUGAGGAGCCGCCAUGGCGGACCUGGAGGCCGUGCUGGCCGACGUCAGCUACCUGAUGGCCAUGGAGAAGAGCAAGACGGCGCCGGCCGCGCGCGCCAGCAAGAAGGUCGUCCUGCCGGAGCCCAGCAUCCGGAGUGUGAUGCAGAGGUAUCUGGCAGAGAGAAACGAAAUAACCUUUGACAAGAUUUUCAAUCAGAAAAUCGGCUUCCUACUAUUUAAAGACUUCUGCUUGAAUGAAAUCGGCGAAGCGGUGCCUCAGGUGAAAUUUUAUGAAGAGAUAAAAGAAUACGAGAAGCUGGACAACGAAGAGGACAGGCUACGUCGGAGCCGGCAGAUGUAUGACGCCUACAUCAUGAGGGAGCUCCUAUCCAGCACACACCAAUUCUCAAAGCAAGCUGUAGAACAUGUCCAGAGCCAUCUCUCCAAGAAGCAGGUGACGGCUACGCUUUUUCAGCCAUACAUAGAAGAAAUCUGCGAAAGCCUUCGUGGGGACAUUUUCCAAAAGUUUAUGGAAAGCGAUAAAUUCACUAGAUUCUGUCAGUGGAAGAAUGUGGAGUUGAAUAUUCACCUGAGCAUGAACGACUUCAGUGUGCACAGGAUCAUCGGCCGAGGAGGGUUUGGGGAAGUUUAUGGCUGCAGGAAAGCAGACACCGGUAAAAUGUAUGCCAUGAAGUGCUUAGACAAGAAGAGGGUGAAAAUGAAGCAGGGGGAGACGCUGGCUCUGAAUGAGAGGAUCAUGCUGUCUCUCGUCAGCACUGGGGACUGUCCCUUUAUUGUCUGCAUGACCUAUGCCUUCCACACACCGGACAAACUCUGCUUCAUCCUGGACCUGAUGAAUGGGGGCGACAUGCACUACCAUCUCUCUCAACACGGGGUGUUUUCUGAGAAGGAGAUGCGGUUUUAUGCCAGUGAGAUCAUCCUGGGCCUUGAGCACAUGCAUACCUGCUUCGUAGUCUACAGAGACCUGAAGCCUGCGAACAUCCUCCUGGAUGAAUACGGGCACGUGAGGAUCUCGGAUCUCGGCCUUGCCUGCGAUUUCUCCAAAAAGAAGCCUCACGCCAGCGUGGGCACCCAUGGGUACAUGGCUCCCGAGGUGUUGCAGAAGGGAACGUGCUAUGACAGCAGUGCCGACUGGUUCUCCCUGGGCUGUAUGCUCUUCAAGCUUCUGCGGGGCCACAGCCCCUUCAGGCAGCAUAAAACCAAAGACAAGCAUGAGAUAGACCGCAUGACCCUGACCGUGAACGUGCAGCUUCCAGAUGCCUUCUCGCCUGAGCUGAAGUCCCUCUUGGAGGGUUUGCUCCAGCGGGACGUGAGCCAGCGGCUGGGCUGCGGAGGAGGAGGGGCACGAGAGUUGAAGGAGCACAUCUUCUUCAAGGGCAUCGACUGGCAGCAUGUGUACUUACGGAAGUACCCGCCACCCCUAAUCCCCCCUCGGGGAGAGGUUAAUGCUGCAGAUGCCUUCGAUAUCGGCUCCUUCGAUGAAGAAGACACCAAAGGCAUUAAGCUGUUGGACUGUGACCAGGACCUCUAUAAGAACUUUCCGCUGGUGAUCUCCGAGCGCUGGCAGCAGGAAGUGGUGGAGACCAUUUAUGACGCCGUCAAUGCCGAUACUGAUAAAAUCGAGGCCAGGAAGAAGGCUAAAAAUAAGCAACUUGGUCAAGAGGAAGAUUACGCCAUGGGGAAGGACUGCAUCAUGCACGGGUACAUGCUGAAGCUGGGGAACCCCUUUCUCACUCAGUGGCAAAGACGCUAUUUUUACCUGUUCCCCAACAGACUGGAGUGGAGAGGAGAGGGCGAAUCUCGGCAAAGUCUACUGACGAUGGAACAGAUCAUGUCUGUGGAGGAGACCCAGAUUAAAGACAGAAAGUGCAUCUUACUCAGGAUAAAGGGAGGGAAGCAAUUUGUCUUGCAAUGCGAGAGUGACCCCGAGUUUGCACAGUGGCUGAAGGAGCUGACGUGCACCUUCAGUGAGGCCCAGAGACUGCUCCGCCGCGCCCCCAAGUUCCUCAACAAACCACGGGCUGCCAUCCUGGAGUUCUCCAAGCCACCGCUGUGUCACAGAAAUAGCAGCGACCUCUGAACCACAGGGCAGCGGGGCCUGAAGGAGGGGCCCCGGCUCUUCAGCCCGGGAGUGGAGUGAAGCCACGGGAAACCAUGUGGGGCUGAGACACAGUGUUUCUGAGCACUGACUGGGCUGCUCCAGCCCAGGAGGCCCGUGACACCAGGGCAGCCCUCUGAUAGCUGGGACAUCCUCGGGGCUGGCCUAUCCACACUCUGAAUUAUUGAAGAAGCAGAGGCAUUCUGCUAUGCAACCCUCUCACUUUGGUAUCCACGGACCCAGGACGUCAAAAAAAAAACGGUCCUUACCUCUCAGGCUUUUAUGUCUGGCAGGUAGCCUAUCUGAGGUUGGAAGCACAGUCUCUGGGAUUGUGGCUUGUUCUAGGCAUUGCUGUAUCUGAGUGCCUGCCUGAGGUGUAGGGGUUGAGACUCCAGACACUGGAGGAGGGUCUCCGUAUGUCAGGGCUGACUCCUUGCUGUCCCCGAGGCGAUGAGGUAACCCUGAACAUUGCUUGCACGUCUUGCCUCUGAUGGCUUCUUUCCAGAGAUGACAGUCAGAGGGAAGAGGUGGGAUGUCCCCUCGAGGAAACUCCACAUCACCCAUCACGGCCAUUUCUGGUGGGCACGGCCAGGACUUCAAUCAGGACCUAGGUAAUCCACCAGACAGUGCCCCCCCCCCACGAGUGGCGUGCAUGAACUCGGGGUCGCCCUCGAUGGUUAGGUCUAUGACAGAGCCCUCCUGCUCCCCCUGUUUGACCUGGGGAGCAUCUGAGGAUGUGCCCAAGAUAGACAAGAGUUGCUACCUUGUCCUUUAGUAUAGCUUAUAAUGACCUCACACUGGUGGGUGACGAUGUCCAGCGGUCCCCUGCGCGCCCUGGCGUGCCCCACGCCCUCUGUCACUAAUGCACUGUGCGCUGGGUUAUUCUGACGGGGGCAGCAGUUUGCCCAGCCCCCUUCCCCUUAAAGGUGGUUUUCUCGGCUGCUGCCUGGCCCCAUGUCACCACACUGAGAAGUCCUGCAAGGUCUCGGUGGACUUGUCCCAAUUCCCGGGACCGUGAGGGGUGAGGCAGUGUUGCUGGGUCUCUAGAGGAACUCCUGAGCACAUAAACCCGACAGCGGGAUCUUCCUGACAGUUCCCAGUGUGUAUUACGUCCUUGUGCUGGAGGGAAAAUGGGGUGCUUAUUUAUUUAUAUCUAUGGUUUUGUUUUGUUUUUGUUUUUAAAUUGCAAUUACCUUUUGAGAGUUUGGGAGAUCAUUUACCGAGAGGGUCUGUUCCACUGCAGGUGCACUAGGGGCCUGUGAGACUCAGUGCCUGUCUCACCGCACAUGCAUUCUGGGUUCACGAUCACACACUGAGCCACUGUUCACUGCUUCUAGGGUGGGGAUGUGGCGUUACCUAGCAGGGGCACCCUGCUUGCUUAAAAGACUAAUAUUCAGAUUCUACUACUACUACUACUACUACUACUACUACUACUACUACUCACACACACACACACACACACACACACACACACUUAAGCGUUGUGGUUACUGUAUAGGCAUGGUUAGUAUGGACAGCUCACACAUGCUCAGUCAGACCUGCAGGGAGGGGGAGGGGCUGUAUCUCUGGCCUCUUUAGGGCAUAUAGAGACCCCCUCUCCCACCCCUCCACAUUGUGAGGGCGCUUGACCCCAGCUGGUGCUGGGCUAGCCGUAACAGUCUCUUAUUGGGGUUAUAGCUAUACCAAAGUCUUUCAAGAUGGCACAAGACCGUGGGAUCCUGCACCUGCACUAAAUCACGCCAGACUGGCACAGAUAUCAUGUGUUAUUGGCCGAGUUAAUUUUAAGGCUCCUUCCCUUUUAGAAAAAGAAGUGUGUGUGUGUGUGUGUGUGUGUUGGUGGGGUCUCCUACGAGUUCUCCUGCCUCAGACUCCAAAGUUAACCAUUUUGUCCCCUCGAUCCCAUUUCCCUCAGGGACAGGAGUGAGAGAGGGCAGAGGGCCCCUGGCAGAGUCCUAAUGAUUCCCAUGGGUUGGUGAUGGAUCAGCUAGUGCCAUCUCAAAGGCCAUCUUUCCACCCUGGCAUGUGGCUAGGGCGUGCCCUGGGUCCAUAGGGUGGGAGGAAGAGCUAGCUGGGUUUAUGAUACAUGGCUGUUUGAGAGUUCCCAUCAUGCGGGCAAGUCCCUAGAUGCCUCUUGUAUUUAGACUGUUAACAGGACGAGCCAUGCAUUCUGGAGACUCAGGUUUCUGGCCUGGAGCGCUUGACAUGAUGGAGGAUGUUCCACAAGAUGCUGUUUUUACACAACUAUGCUCUACAUAGGCACGGUUUCAUAUAGCAAGACUCAAUGCACAACGUCCAAAGAUAUCAGAUUAUUUUAGAGCCGCUAUGUGACACACACCAAAUUAAAACCUUUGGCAAGCCCCAGUUCGUUUAUUAUUUAUUUUAAUCUAAACUACCUUUUUGUCCUUCGGGCUCCCUGCUUUUCCUCUGGGUCAUAAUUAAAUGUGAUUUAAAAAAAAAAAAACCUGUGGAAGUUGUCACACUGUCGUGGUUGACAGAGGAACCUGUCUUGCUAUUGAUACAAAAGUGUGCACAUUGAUAGGCCCGUUAGCUGACAUUACAAACUGUGCGUGUAAAACCAGCAAUGAAAGAUGGAUAGUGGCCUACCAGGGAAAGACACUGCAGGUUCACAAGCCCAGCUUCAAUUGGCAGAGGCGGUAGGCUUAUGAGUUAGAGGCUAGCCUGGCCUACAUAGCAAGUCUCUGCCUCUAGAACACCAAGGGCUACAGCAUUAGCUCUGGGCCAAGGUCUUGCCUUACAUGUCCAAGGUUCUGGGUUUAAUCCCCAGAGGGGGUGGACAGCGGGCAGCAGACUGUUAGCCAACUAAUAAGAUUUAGCUCUAGUGGUCGCCUUGACCUUGGCUAUGUGUCUGUGAGAAGCAGCUGUUCUGAGGCCCCACGCCAGGAUUGUUCAACAGUGGUCAGUGUGGCAGAGAGGCAGAGCAACUCGGGACAGGAACUCACCAUUUCAGUGGUAGGAUAAGGACAGAGGGAGAGAAGGCUUGGUUGGCUGAUGGAAGCCGCACACUUGGCAUGAUGACCCACCAAGGAGGGAAUGAGGGGCGCUUGAGGGUCACACCCUCAGAAUCCCCAAGGGAUUUUUGCAAGGCUUGCUUGUUUCGUUCCUGAGGCCCAGUUGCCCCACCCCCCAGGGCCCCCCCCCCGCCCCGUCAUGAAGGUGCUGCCACGUGUUCUUCGAUGGACAAUCCCAGGAAGGUCCCUCAUCAGUGAUACAUCCCGGACACUGAUCCUGUCACCUGAGACUGUGGCUGUGUCGCCCAGGCAGUGUGAGGCUGUGAACCCCAGAAUGGCAUCACGGCCUUCCUACCAUGUUUGACUCCACCUUGGAACUUUCAUAAUUUAAAUUUAAAAUUUUUUUUUUCUUUUCUCUUCCUGAGUGAGGUUUACUUGAAAGUCUCCGUUGCUCACAUUCAUGUGAAUAGGACCGCUUGCUUUAACUUCAGUGGUUGGCUCAGGCCUCUUUUCCUUUGUGCGUUGCUAUGGGAAUGAAGAAGGAUGAGCCAAAGCCUCUCCUCCUCCUCCGUUCUUGGUGGACAUUAGCAUUUCCUCUGUUGGCUGCUUUUGUCUCCAUGGACAAAUAAGAUAGAACACCGCACAGCACAGCACCUCAGGCCGGCAGCCCCAGGAUUCAGGACACUGAGACGGGAGAACGAUAAGCCCCGAGACGUCCUGGGCCACGGGGGAAACCCUGCCUUAGGAACAAAUAAACUAACAGAUGGAGUUGCUUCCUGACACAGGUGUGACCGCUCCUACAAGCCACCGAAGGUGCCGCGUUGCCAUGUUCCCCAAGUGGGAAGCCUCGCGCUUUAAAUGGCCUUCAACUGAAAAGCAGCCGCAGAGACUGGGUUCAAAGCGUUCGCCUUUCAUGAAGGGCAGAUGUCCUUAUAGCUAAUUCAAAUCCAUAGUGUAGAGUUAGGUCUCCGGCAUCUAGUAGUCUGAGUCCUUCCUGGAAACAGGUACCUAUGCAUCCCUUUUAAUUUUGCCCUAGAUGUAAAACAUCUUUGACAGCAGCUUGGGAGUGGAGCCAUCAUUCUGAUUAUCAGCUGUGAUUUGUUUCCCCCCUUUCCUUGGAUUUUUCACCUGCCCUGUGGUUAUAUGUAUUGUAUGUGGUUUAUAAAUUCAACACUGGCUUUUUUUUUUUUAGUUCUGUUAUUAAAUUAUAUUUUUCUAUGUUCUAAGUAAUAGCAGAUCUGGCUUCUUCUGGUAACAGAGAUGGAUGGACCUGUAACUAGGAGACAAGAGUUCUAUUUUAGCACAAAAGCAUUUUAUAUUAUUUAUUGAAUCCGUAUGUGCGUUCCCAUGGAAACCAUCUGUAUUUCUGCUUCUUGUGAUCUGUAUAGUUUGUUAUUUAAAGAGAGAUGGCAGCCUUUUGUGUUGCUGAAACAAUAAAACCGAGCUCCUACAAGCA